UUCUAUUUAUUAUGAGAUAUUUAUUGACUGUCCAUCCUUUACGAAGCAAAGCACGAUUAACUACGUCAAUUGUUAUCUGUUGUUCUCUUAUGGUUUGGAUUUUAUGUUUACUUUUUUCAGUGUUUAUUCUUUUAAUGAUAUUAUGGGCUAUAAAAGCUUCAAGUGAUGAAAUUGAAUUACUUUUAAUCAUAUAUGUAUUAAUGCGAAUUACUUUAUGUGGGUUAAUUCCGAUAUGUGUAAUUCUUGCAUUACAUUUCCUAAAGAGGAAAGCCCUAAGAAAAUCUUCUGUCACUAACAGCAUCAGUAGAAGAAUGGAUGUCAUAGUUUCCAUUAUAUUAUCAGUUUUUAUCUACUUUCAAAUCUCACAAUUAUUAUACAGCGUCGUUGUAUUAUCCUUCUUUUUCUCAGAUGAAAACAGCCCGUUUACCUAUACCCAUGAAGCAUUUACCUUUGACAUUGGUAUAAUCUUUGGUUUUCUGAAUUUUUCUUGUAAUCCUUAUAUACUCUUUUUUUCUUCCAUGAUCCUUACACACAAGAAAGGUAGUCUAACAAAGAACCCGUAGGUUUUACAUAAAUUACAAUCUGACUUCGAUAACUCACAUUUUAUUUGACCCAGAAAAAUAUUCGAGAUAUCCGACAAAUCGACAUAUCUAAGAUAAAAUACUUGAAGAAAAAAGAAUUAGAGACUUUCAAGUUGCCUCGAUAUAUCCAUGGUAUUGACUAACUAUAUCCCGUGAGAUAUUGACGUUCAACUGUAGUUCUGUUGGAUUGUAAAACGUUGUAGUGUAUAACUAUAAAUAAAUUUGUUUCAUUAUUUAGCAACCCCUUGAGAAAUAUGCAACCAGUAGUAAGAUAUUUUAUUUAUUUAUGCAUUUUAUAUUGCUUCUGCCAAAUAAACAGCGCUUUUUGUAUUAAACGUUCCUUUUA